CUUGUUCUUCUUCCUUCGUCUGUCUGUCUUUGGAGGUUUUAACCUAGCACAGAAAACCAGAGGAGGCUCUGUUCCAAUGGGUGUCAAUAACCGCUCAUCCUCCAAAAAGACGAAGAACAAUUCUUCUUCCAAAUCAAAGCGCUCCAGAAUCCCUUCCCAGAGGAAGAAAACUAGGAAAGAUAAAUCCAGGAACACGUAUUCUGAUUCCGAUGAUGAUUCUUCUAGAAGCUUAUCCAUUUCUUCUUCUUCUACUUCCAAUGAUGAGAUUCGGCGAACCAGAACUCGUCGUCCUCGUUCCCGCAGUAAGGUUAGGCAUCAUGAGAAGAAACGAAGCCGGAGAAUCUCUUCCAGCCCUUCAAGCAGUGAAGAUUCUCAUCCUGUUAAGAGGAGAAAGAAAUCGAGAAGAAGAGACUCCGAUACGAAGAACAAACGUAAAAUGAAGAAGAAAAAGAAGAGUAAGAGACAUUCUAGUUUAAGUUCUUCAAGCAGUGACGACUAUGGUGGUGGGAGGAGGUCUAAAAUUAAGGAUGAUCAUGAGAAGAAACCUAGAUCUAGAUCUAGGUCUAGGUCAAGGUCAAGAAGUGUGUCUUCUUACAGUGCAUACAGUAUAAGCAGCAGUGAGAAGAAUAUAAUACCUCCAACUCGCUUAAAAUCCGUCAUUACUGUUGGAAAUACUUCUUUCGAAGAAGAAGAAGAGAACAAAGAUGUUGGCGCCCCGAAUGAAGAGAUGGUGUAUGAUCACGACGAUUACCCGUCUUGCAAAAGCAAUGACAGUAAUGAAGGAUGUAAGAAAGAUAUGGAUUCUUCUUCCAACUUUGUUGGAGAAGGUGAGACCCUCCUCCCAUUGGAUGAUGGAGGUGGUGGUGAGGACUUGGAGUCAUUGUUGAGAAAGAAGGCAUUGGAGAAUCUAAGGAAGAGACUUAUUAAUAGUAAAGCAAAAACCAGCACGAAUUUUGAACACGAAAACGAGUCUGGAAAUGGUGCUACUAAGGUAAUAAGAGAAGAAGAGCUGCCUCCUGUUGUAGAUUCUAUUGCUGAAGCUGCAGCAAUGAAGAACCAGGAAAGUGGAAAUCUUGAUGCCAACAAAUCUGAAGCGCAUAACUCGAAAGAAGUUAUUGAUGGACCAUCAUCAACUUCUAUGAUUCCUUGUUCCAAUCCUCCUCCUACUGCUUCACAAGAACAUAACUCAAAAGAAGAAAAGAAAGAUCAUCAUGAUGAUGAUAAAGAAGAAGAUGCUUCUCAGUUUGUGCAGAAGACUAUUAAUAGGAUGGUUAAUGGUGAAAUGGUGCAGGUUAGCUACACAGUUCGCAAACCCCAGCCCCGAGCACUCGCAAGGAGGCAACUGCGACGAUGAUUAACUCAACUUCACUCUGUAAUGCACUCUACUUGCAAUUUGAUCCCCUCGAAUAACAAUGUCUCUCGGUUUGUUAAAUUUAUGAAACGUUUUACAGAAUUAAAAUUCUCGAACACAUGAAAUAGCUCACUAGGCCACUUACAACUUUGUUUGCGGUUGUUUAAUUUUUUGUUGUCCUAAUGCCUUUGACAAGAGCCCAGUCA